UUCUGCAUGUACUCCAAUUCACAGUGCUCAAACUAGUUCAACUUGUUGCAACUUGUGAUCUAGUGCUCCUAGUGGUCACUUGAACAACGAAAUUAAAACCAUUGGUUUCUUCCCAACUUUCCCAAACUCAGGGUGCCUAAUUAGUCCAUAAUUUGAGCCUUUAUUUCUUUCAUCUCAUUUUUAACUCACAACCAAUUGUUGUUUCAAGUUUUCAAAUUUUCUCCUAUUUUAUCUGUUUUACCUUCUUAUUUCUUUUUUAAUCUCCACUACUAAAAAAUACUCAGAAUGAGGAAUUCUCCUAUUUUAACACUAUCAAUUUUCUCCAUAUACUUUCUUACGUUAUUUCUUUCCACACAAGCAAGAUACCAUUUCCAUACAAAACACCACCAGCACCCACAUUCUCAAAAGUCUUCAGGAAUUUCACUACCACCUGCUUCACUCCCUUCACCUUCUAGCUAUACUGAUGAUGAUGCUCCUAGUCCUAGCCCCUCUGGUGAUGAAAACUACCAUGAUGAAUCUAACUUGUUCAAUAUAAGAACAUUUGGGGCCAUUGGUGAUGGAAUAGCUGAUGAUACAGAAUCCUUCAAGAUGGCUUGGGACAGUGCCUGCCUAAGUGAAUCAGAAGUUAACACUAUCCUUGUUCCCCCUGGAUUCUCCUUCGUUAUUCAAUCUACUAUAUUCACAGGUCCUUGUCAAGGUAGCAUAGUAUUGAAGGUUGAUGGAACUCUUAUGCCACCUGAUGGACCUGAAUCUUGGCCAAAGAACAAUAGCAAGCGUCAAUGGUUGGUCUUUUAUAGAAUCAAUGGGAUGUCACUUGAAGGAAGUGGUUUAAUUGAUGGGAGAGGACAAAAAUGGUGGGACCUUCCCUGUAAACCUCAUAAGGGACCUAAUGGGACAACAUCCCCAGGACCUUGUGACAGCCCAGUUGCCUUAAGGUUUUUCAUGAGUUCCAACUUGACUGUAAAAGGACUUAGGAUAAAAAAUAGCCCCCAAUUCCAUUUCAGAUUUGAUGGCUGCCAAAGUGUCCAUGUAGAAUCAAUCUUCUUAACAGCUCCAGCACUAAGCCCCAACACUGAUGGAAUCCACAUAGAGAAUACCAAUGACGUGAAGAUAUACAAUUCUGUCAUUUCUAAUGGUGAUGACUGUGUGUCCAUUGGAUCUGGUUGCUAUGAUGUUGAUAUAAAGAACAUGACAUGCGGACCAGGUCAUGGAAUCAGCAUUGGUAGUCUGGGAAAUCACAACUCUAGAGCCUGUGUUUCAAACAUCACAGUGAGGGACUCAGUCAUAAAAUUGUCAGAUAAUGGGGUUAGAAUCAAGACAUGGCAAGGUGGAUCAGGAUCAGUAUCAGGAGUGACAUUCAGCAACAUUCACAUGGAUAGUGUGAAGAAUCCCAUUAUAAUUGACCAGUUCUAUUGCCUUAGCAAGGAAUGCACAAACAAGACCUCUGCAGUGUUUGUAUCAGAUAUAGUUUACUCAAACAUAAAGGGAACUUAUGAUGUAAGGCACCCUCCUAUGCAUUUCGCUUGCAGUGACUCUAUCCCCUGCACCAACUUGACUCUUUCAGAUAUUGAGCUUCUUCCUGCUCAAGGAGACAUGGUGCUUGAUCCUUUCUGUUGGAAUGCUUAUGGAAAUUCAGAGACACUAACUAUUCCCCCAGUGUUUUGCUUGCUGGAAGGUUUUCCUCAGUCCAUUUCAACCAAUGAUAUAGAUCAUUGCUAAUCCACUGAAUUCUGCAAAGCAAAAAUGUGUGUUUGUGUAUAUAAUUGCUAUGGAAGUGAUUAAGGAAUGUAGUGUAAUCUUGAGUAUUUGUGUGUGGUUGUUGAGGAGUUGUGUUUUAUAAGCUCCUCCUCAAUUAUUGUUAUGAAAGGGAAGUUUGGACUUGUUGGCUUGAAUUUGUGACCAACAUGUAUGUAGCUUAAAGUGUGUUAUUUUUAAAGAUCAAUCAUGAUGAAUGUGUUAAGAAUGA